AAAAUAGAGUGAGAGUGAGGUGUUGGGAUAACUUAAAAGAGGCGACAAUGGCGUAAGGGGCUUUUGAGAGCUCUCUUAAAACUCUUGAAAUGCUUAUUGGCUUGGCGGCAACUCUCAUUAGAGCUCCUCCUGUUACACUCUACACUUUCAUCUCAAGAUUUUCGCCUAACAGUCAUGGUUUUCUUACUAUUACUCCUACUAGGCUCUUCAUAACUGCAGCUAGCUUGAGGAGAGACGAAAAUAAGGAGGUGGAUGAUUAUGCUGAACUGAAGGAGAAAGUGGAAAAUUUGGGUAUAUGCUGCAAUUCUGUUACUCCUGAAGAAUACACAAGAUUAAUGUGUCCCAAGUGCAAAGGUGGUCGGUCAAUGGGAAAGUGUUUAUCAUUUCAUAUGUCCUCGAAAAGGAAUUCUGCAUUAUGGAGGUGUUUCAAUAUUGAAUGUGGAUGGGCAGGCCAGAUCCCACACAACAGUACGGCAUCUGAUGGGGUCCAUCAACUUGGCAGAAUGAAUUUUCCUCGGAUACUUACAGAGGAAAGCUUGAAGUUAGAACCAUUAGGUGAUAUGCUGACUGCAUAUUUUUCUAAGAGGAUGAUAUCAAAGGAUACUUUGAAGAGAAAUCAUGUCAUGCAAAUGGCUGGUGAUCAGAUCAUCAUUGCCUUCACUUAUAGGCGGAAUGGUAUGCUCAUUGGCUGCAAGUAUAGGACUCUUGAGAAAAGGUUUUGGCAGGAGAAGGGUGCAGAUAAGGUACUAUAUGGACUGGAUGAUGUAAGAGAAGCAGAUGAGAUCAUCAUUGUAGAAGGUGAAAUAGAUAAGCUUUCAGUGGAAGAAGCUGGAUUUCCUAACUGUGUCAGUGUUCCUAAUGGUGCACCACAGGGCAUCGCAUCCAAAGAACUGCUACCACUGGAAGAGGAUACCAGAUUUUCAUACCUGUGGAACUGCAAUGAGUGCUUGGAGAAGGCGUCCCGGAUUGUGCUGGCAACUGAUGGUGAUUUACCAGGCCAAGCAUUGGCUGAAGAGCUUGCCCGCCGUCUGGGGAAAGAAAGGUGUUGGCAAGUAUGUUGGCCUAAAAAGGAUGAGUUAAGCAGUUAUAAAGAUGCGAAUGAGGUACUUGUAAACCUGGGAAGAGAAGCUCUGAAAGAAGCGAUUGAAUGUGCCGUGCCAUAUGAAAUGCAGAAUUUGAACUAAUCCACAAAGUUUUUAGUCUUAAGAGUUUUUUGAUACACAGAUAUCUUUCCAACAGUACUUGACCCUCUCCUCGAGACUUAUGCAUCUACUGCAUCUGUAAGUAACAUUACUCAAGAUGAGAACGCGAAGCAAUUUUUGUCAACACCUAGAUUUCCCUUUUCAAAAGUUUCAUAUUCUCCUCUAGAUCAUCUUGGACUUGGAUUUCUCAAAUAAUGUGCAUAAAUAGGUGACAGGUUGGUAGAUGAAAGGUUUUCAUUCUUUACUUGGAAUGAAGGUUCUUGGGACAUAACAUAUUCACCAUACAAGGUACCUUGUUAUAAAGACGCUUGGAGGAAUGAAAUGGAAUUGGCUUGGCCACAGGUUUAGGAGAUUGAAUUUCUUAUAAUGUAUAUUUGAUAUUUUCAUUUAUUAUUUGUUUUAAAUAAUGUUAGUGUAUGUCUCUUAACUCCUAAAGAAAUACUAAUAGCUAGAGGUGUAACCCAUAAUGAUCUCUUAUGACUACUUACGAAUUGAAUAAAAGAAAAUAUCUUAUCAGA